AACAAAUUUCAGGAUCGCUUUGGACAAAGGCCAGCUAAAAGGCACAAUGCCUUAGGAGCUACUGGCUCUACAAAAUUCUGUCCAGGGGGCCCAAACUGCAGCUUCAUCAGCAGACAGAGCGUAGAAUUUUGAGGUCCAUAUAUGCAUGAAUGACUGAACAACUGAAAACAGAUUUAUUUGUUAGCAAGUCUGCAUCAUGACCUCAGUUGAGAAGCGCCGCUCAGGCCGAAAGAGCGGCGGCCACCGAAAGCACAGCGACGGAGGUUACAGUGACACCUCCAGUGGUGGGUCCUUCCUGGACGAGAAUGAUCGCGAGGUCAGCAAUUUGACGGAUAGAGCAUUCAGGAGUCUCUGCAUCGGAGAUGAGGCUGUUUAUAAUGACUCAGACCUAUGUUUGUCUUCGCCCUGCACCCAGAGGGACAGACAGAUGGCCUUUAGUCAAGACAGAGAUAGAGGGGACAGAGAGAGGGAGGGACUCAAGAGAGCUGCACAUGAGAACUUCAGCCUCCAGGUGCAGCAGUAUGGACAGAACUGGAUUCAUGGAGGAAUGCAUGGUGCCGAGAUCCAGAGAGAUCCACAGUGGGACGUUUAUGGGGAAAGGACACAGGGGAGGAUUUCUGCCACAUUCCAAAACUCCUUUGUGGAAACCUGUCAUCAGGAAAAGUCUCUGAGGGAAGAACAGCUGUCCUUCCUCAGCAAUGGAGCCACAGAGUUGAGUUCACAGCAACACAGAAGCCGCUCCAGAGUUUCUUCUCUAAUCAGAGCUUUUAACUCUGAUGGUCAUAGGGACGUGGCCAGAAUGGAUGAUAAACUCAGAGAGUGGAAUGAUGAGACAAGCUGGGACAAAUCCGCUCUGAUGAGUAUCCAACAGGAACUUUCUGAAUUCUCUGCAUCAUACCAGCAAAAUUUUCACAGUGGUCACUUCCCUCCAGCUGGCUCAUUCUCGUCCAGAGAUGCCAACUUCUAUUCCUCUGAAGUAGCAGAAGUGGCUCACAUGUCUCACAAUUCUGCAUCUUCUUUUAUGAGAUCUUCUCACAGUAAACACAGCAUGUCUGCUCAGGUCAACUGUAACUCUAACUUCUUUAUACACAGUGAGUUUAGUCCCUUCAGGGUGUGGAGGGACCAUAACAGGUUUCCCUUCCAGCGAGGGGAAAUGUCAGGGUUUAUGCACUGCUCUGAGUUCCCUAAAUGGUAUGAAACACCAAUGUACAAUGAGCUUUCAAUGCAGAAUCAACUACAUGGUCCAUAUCAAGGUAUGAGACACUCAAGGAGUAACAUGGCACCUGUGGUUCCUCCAAAUCCUCCACGCUCUACUUCAACAUCUACAAUGCUGCAGAAAGCUUCAGCUGUGGAGAAACGAUGUGAAUCGGAGUUGGCAGGUCAUUAUCCUCACAGGAAGAGAAGCCAGAGUCUGGGAGCCAACAGGCUUCCGUCCCACCGUCCAUCAACGGCUUCACCUACCAACGAGAUGUCUCGACGCGUCCGCGACACCAUCAACUCUGUCAAAGCCCUUCAGCAAAAAAUCAAAAUGAUGUCAGAGCAAAAUAUCACAGCAGGGGUGAUAGAAAAUCAACAAGGAGUACUCUACAGCCAUGAUAAUAUGAUUCCCUUUGGCAACCAUCCAGUAGCAGUGGCACCAAAUGUCAACACAAGCACUACUCCCUUUAACAUCAGCCAGCUGCUCACACCUUUAGUCCAUUCACAUCAAGAAGCAGUGACAUCAGAUUUCCAGCCAUAUGGAGUUUCUCCUCUACCUGUGGAACAUGCUCCCGUGCGAGCCGAAAGCAGAGGAGCCACUCCUGAUGUUAGGAUGUCCAGCUACAAAUCCCGAGCUACGAGCCUACUCUUCAAUCUCAAAGACAACAGGAAAAGAGUGAAAAGCACCUACAGUCCUCCCAAAUUUAAAGGCUUGGAGACAAACAAACAGCAGUUUAUACAGGAGCCUCGAGAGACUGUAAUAGAUAUGCCUGAUUUUCCAGAGCCACAGAUUCAAUUUCUCCAGCUGGAAGAAUCAGGUAGAACAAAUGCUGCUGUAAACCAGUAUCACAACCCUGGAUUGCCUCUUACAAUGCUACAUUCUCAAUCUGCAGCAGCACAUACAGGCCAAUAUCCAGAGUACACUUUCAGUGAUUACCAGACAGCUCAGAUGCAAGGUCAGACGGUUCAUCACUCUGGGUUCACUGGAUUCAUACCUGAAAAUUACACCAGCAAUCAGCUGGCUAAUGGACAGAAUCUCAAUGAAGAUUUAGCAUCAUUUGUUCCCUAUAAGCAAGGAGUGAUAGAUAAUGUGGGACAUCAUGCGGGGGAUGUAUACAGACUUAAGGCAUCUUAUGCAGAAACAUCAGGGCUAAACAUUGACAACAAUCAAAGCAAAGACUAUUUAAUAAGCAAGGCAAAUAUGGAACAACCUUUUAAUGAAACAGUGGGAAGGGUAUUCACAAAGGUGGAUAGAUAUGAGCAAUUUGAAGACAACAAGCAUGAUUACAAUAAUGUGUCCUCACAGGAUAUGUGGAGACAGACAAACAGCCAAGACACAGAAAAGCUCAGUCUGAAAGCAGCUACGUCUCCAUGGAAACAAGAGUCUUUGAUGGAAAAGACAAGACAAGGAAAUCAGCCAAGCAUAAAUGAAGAACUUGAGAAAGUAAAGUUAAGGGAGAAUUUGGGGAUUGGAUCUUAUUCUUAUGAAGAAGCUGAUUUGGUCAGUACUAACAUGUCAGACGUUCCACCACCAUAUCCAUUCAAUGAUAACACUGUAGAAGAUCCUGCAUAUUAUGGACAACAGCAAUCUUUGAUAUGCUGA